CUACUUUAAAACCUCAUAGCAGUACACGUAUCGCAAUUCUUAGCAAUUUACACUAUUAAAUCUUACGAUAAUCGUCUUGAAGUCUACUUGUAGUGUAAAGUAUCACAGUGAAUAUUGUUUACGCUGUGUUGUGAUUGCAGAAACUUAUUUUACGUAUUUUUAUUUUUGGUCUUUAAGUUAAGACCGCCGCCCGAAUAUUUUCUUUUUGAUAAAAUUGAUUACAAGUACAGAGGGCUGUAAGGACGAAGGAAAAGUAAACUUCUAAUUAACAUGAUCAAUACGGACUGCCCGAAAUCAAACAUUCUGUCGAAUACAAUUAUUUACGGGCAACUAAAUAUUUUGAAGAAUAAGCAGGCCGCUUUGCGCCGCUCACAUUAUUGUCAGAGAAAAUAUAAGGUUAAGAAGUUUAGAACAGUGAAUAGAAGCCAUACAACCACAAUGAUGCCUACAGUCGGCACCGUUUGUUGGUUGGGAGCCUAGAGAGUUAAAAUUUCAUUAGGAGCUCAAGAAGAGUUCAAAGAAGUAAGUAAUAGCGUUCACCCUAUUUCGAUAUUAAAGUUUUUGUUCACAGGUCCAGGACACGUCGGAAAUAUCGAACCCUGAAGGAAUUCCAAAAAUCUAUCUCAACAAUUUAAAUGAAUCUAAAGAAAAGUAGAAAAAUUCGAAAAGUUAAUUUUCUCUAAUUGAAAGAAUAUAAAAAUUAAUAUUUUUAAAGAUUUACUAAAAAAUCUAAGUUUUAACUAUAUUAAUGACUUCUGUAUUCCAAAAAAUUAAGAAGUUCUAAUUGGUUAACUUUUGCUAUAAAUUACUAAUUUGGAAAGUUACAGAUGUCGAUUUUCUUUAAGGUGCAUAUUAAUGGCGCGUCGAUAAUUUUCUGGCACCACAAUAAUCCUUCAUAGUUCAUUCUUCUUACCAUUUCUUCAUUCCUUUUGUUGGCGUUUGUUCAAUAAAAUGCACAAAACCUGCUCUUAAUAUUCCGCGAUAGUUGUCGAUACAAAGUUCCAAUUAACGCACCUACUAAACAAUCGGUAGGUACUUAGACAUGUAGGAAGUAGAGAGGGUAGAAAGUUUCAAGUACCUACAGUGCGUUCGAUCGAUAUCUCGAACAUUGGGACAGUAAAGUAUACUUUAUCAAUAUUUAAACUAGUCAUAUUUAGUUAAUUACAAUAGCUAUAAGUCAUAAUAGUUAAUUACCAAUUAUUUAUAGUUUUAGUUCUAAAUUAACUAGUCUAGCUAGCAUAGGUAAUUAAGUUAUAAUUAUGGCAUCGUUGUGGCAACACGACGAAACCGCAGUCUCUAGUAGAGACAUUAAGAUAACGCUUAAUUAAUUAUAAUUUAGAUAAGUUGUACAAUAGUUUUUUUUACUAACGUUCUACAGGAAAUAUUUCGGUUACAUGCUAAAAAUUAGCAACCGAAACAAUGACUUAUUGUUAGUACAUCGACAAAAUUUUAAGGGCAGGUGACAUUAUGUUGAUUGCAUAAUCGACGGCAGCUGAAAAAAUGUUGUUCCUUAUAAUAUUUUCAAUUUAUAAUCAUAUUUAUUAUAUUUUUAAAUAUUUAUGCAAUCAUCAUUCCUUCUAUGCUAUUUUACAACUUCAUUAUAACAUUCAUAAUCUAUAUAAUUUUUAUAUACCUACUCUAAAUUCAUACUCAUUGGUACAUAUUUCGAUUUUCAAGGCUUCGACCUUCCUCUCACGUCAGCAGUUGAGAACGUCAUAAUUACCUACUUUGUUUAGACAAGAUUGGAUCUUGAUUAUUCCGAAGUCUCUUGUUAUUUGUCCAUCUCAUUGUGCAAAUUAAAACAAUUUAACUGCCUUUCUGAUGUUGGAGCAUUACACGAGUGUGAUGUUCCAGACAUCGGCAAGGACAGCGAAAUCAUUUUAAUUAUCAUUUGCUAUUCCCCUCACAACCUUUGUAUGUUGUCCUACCACACCCUAUAUCCCGCUUCAUAUGAGUAUGCACACAUUAUGUUACGUCGUAUCAUUUCUGUUUGUAGUUCUAUUCAAAAUGGUUGCUCAAAAGAUCACCUGUCCGAGUCGGAGCGACGAUAUCGGAACUCAGUACGAUCCGAACACCAAAAGACAUGGUUUUUUCGCAAACGAGUCUCAAUACUCAAACUGUUUUGAAAGUGGUAGAGCUAGAUCGUUUAAAGACCGAGAAGAAGAACUGCGUAAACGGUCUAAACGGAGUGAUUACCGACGGAUAUUCAAACAACGCAGCUCCGUCUUCGCCAGUGGCUACAACCAGCAGCUUUGCAGAGGUUUACUUGAAAUCGGAGCCCCUAUUCGAGAGCGCAAUGGUUCACGAAACGGACUACGAGUUCUUCCAAGAUCUGGUUCCGUGGUCCUGCGUUCCCGCAAAGGAAGAAGUAGUACAGACCAUUGAUUCAUCUAAGAAAACUGAAGAAAGGGCACUUAAGAACGACACACCAUACACACAAUUCUCACCGCAAGGUUGGGAAAAUUUAGACGUUAACUCCCAGUUUCCACAGGCAGGCUUAUACAAUAACAUCUCCCCGCUCGAACCACUGUCGCCGAACGAAAAGUUCCCGCAGUUGGACGCCAACAUGCCUACCUUCCCAGAAUGGGAUAAAGAUACCAACAACAUGCAGUUUAAGGAAACAUUCUUAGACAUCAGCAGACUGCCAGUGGUUAUUGGAGACUUAGCGUCUGAGACGGUCGCUGAUACUAAUCCGUGGCAAGUCCAGGAUCCUGUAGAGUUGACCAACACACAUGACACCCAAUAUUAUCAUAUGUACACAAAUCCACCACACAACACAGCGCCCUUCAUCGAAGAAGAUUCCCUUGAUCUUAAAUUUGGGUCCGUCAUCCCACGGGAAGUGGAAAGCAACAACGUGGUUAUUUCCGAGUUCAUCAUCAACAAAGACCAAGACGUAAUGGGGGCAAUGGAAGAACCGGCGAUGCCGAGGCGUGUCGAGGGGCUGUCCGUGGACGUGUCGGCGCGGGCGCCCGCCUGGCCAUUCGACACCAUCAGCACUCCUGAAGUGCUCAGCUAUGUGGAGCAACUAGAAAAAGAAAAAUGCACACAGCCCUUGAAACCCCAAGAGCACUGGAUGGCCCACAACGCUUCUCUACCCGCCUCGAGUGAGUCCUACACGGAUCUCUCUUUAUCUACAUCAAAGGAAACAUUCACAGAAUUGGACACACCGCCACCCCCACAAGUCGAAUAUGAGCCCAUCACACCAAAAAGCGAAUCUCACAUGGAAUCAGACAAUGAUGACGUCAAAUCUACCGCCAGUAAGAGAAGACAUCAAGACAGCGAUGAAUCCGAUGAGACUUACACACCAUAUGCUGAACAGCCAUCCAGGAAAUAUAAAAGAAGGAAACCAAGUGUACCAAUCAAGGAUAUGAUUCUAGCACUAGAAGGUCAACCUAAGGCGCGGAGAGGACGCCCUCCUAAAAGACGGGAGAGCACAGUGUCCUCGGUGUGUAGUGUAGACGAGAACUCAUCGUCUAUCUCUACACAAGAGUUUAAGUAUAGAGAAUUAAGAGAUAAGAAUAAUGAAGCAUCUAAACGGUCUCGAAUGAACAGGAAACUCAAGGAGCUACAGAUGGAACAGUUAGCUGAUGAACUUGAAGAGAAAAAUAAGAAAUUGCGAGUUCGAGCUGACAUUCUAGAAGAAAUGACCAAGAGGCUGAAGAACGAGUUGAUGUCUGCUAUUCUGAAGAGCAAAUGAAGAGCAGAUAUCUUGAAUUUUUCGGUGUCUUUGGUCUUGAGCAACUUGAGUUUCCUGUCUCAUGUUCGUUCAAUCUAUAUUCAUAGUUGUGCUUAAGUACAAAUUGUUUUUGACUAAAUGCACAGAUUAUAUUUUUUUUCUAUGAUUAUGGAUAUAAAGAUCUUGCCAUGCAUGCUAGAUGUUUCUUACACAUUAAAUAAGAGCGUGUAGGUUAAAAUUCUUCAGUUGAAUUAGUUGUAAUCUAUGGUCUAUGAAAAAUAAUAUGAAUGUUAAAAAAAUCCAAAAAAAAAAACUUUUAUACUUAAAAAUAAUACCUAAUUGUAAUUGAUUUACAAUGAAUUAGUUAACCGUUUCCGUGCGGAUGAUGCCGCACAGGCACCAUGUAAAUCUAUUGCGUAUGGCGUAUGGUGCCCGAGAGGAUACAAAACUAAAUCAUACAAAACUCGGCUUAAACGACAUUCGUCAAAAGAGCCCCCUAAAUAAAAGUGUCUUUAUUUGUCACCCUUAUCAUUCCCACAGCGUUCGUUUUAAGUAAUUUCGCAAAUUAGCUGACAUCAGGGGUUGUAAACCAAGUUGCCGACACAUUUUAUUAAUGAUUAUAAUUCUAACAGCCCACUUUCUGGAAUGUUUCUCAAAAAUCAAAUGCUUUUGUCAUAAGGUUCAUUGUUGCCUAAAAACGUACAAAGAGUGCGCUGUUCGCCGGCCCUUCGCCUACGAAGUACCGUAUUUCCUUGCGCAUACGGUUGAUUAUUGUUUAAAACUACGCCGUUCAUAAUUGUUUGCGCCGGCGCACAGUAUAAUAUUUUGAUAAACUAGACGGACAAAAGUCAAUUUAGGACAUGUCUUAAAUGAUCCUUCUAACGCCAAAGAAUCAAGACAAGCUGCUUUGCUCUGGUAUUGGUACAAAAUAAUUUUGUCCCGCUAGUUUUUCAUACUAACUGUGCGGUGCAUAACUAUUUCACCCCGGCCGGGGCGGCGGGGCCCCGCGCUUCUGUCUUGCUGCCCUUAGUAAACAGACGUGACGUGAUCUUACUGCUUAUAUUUUCGACGACAUUCGCUUGUGCACUUGGACUCAGUGAUUUUAAAUUUGUGACGAUCAAAAUAGUGAAGUUAAAAUUGUUUCCCUACAAAAUACCUACUGUAUUAUAAAUAAUAAUAAAUAAAUAUCACCUCGCGACAAACUCAAGUGGUACGUGUAUAAAUUCUUUACAACACUUGAAUAAAUAAAUCCAUGAAAUAAUGCAAAAAGGUUUACGACCCCUAAUAUAAAUUAGUCACUCACCUUCCAUUUCCAUAAAAACACACAGAUCGUCACUUUUAAACGCACUGAACGAAUUUACUGACUGCCUACGUUAGAUACACAAUGUCAAAUGAUUAUUUUAGCAAGUAGAAACACGAAAACAAGCUAAAAGUGACAAUUCAUGGCGGAUGAUUCCCCAGGGGAAUCAUCAAACUUUCUGGCGCUUGGUGCCUCAGAGGCAUCACAGAAUUUUUGUUUGACGCCAGGCACUAAAGAUUGCUAAAAAGACUUCCGCACGGAAUCGGUUAAAUCAUGGUUUAAAGUUUUAUUUUCUUUUUUCAUUAAAAUUUGUCUUGUAUGUUAUAAAUUGUAAUUGAAAUAAAUUGUUGUAAUAUGACAUAA